AUGGAUUUAGAACCGUUAGAUUUAUCGAUAACAUCUAAUAAGAAACAAUUUACUUUAAAUCGUUUAAAUAAUACAAAUGAUUGUGAAACUAAAAAGAAAAUACGAAAAACAAGUAAAGCAUUGUUACCGUGUGAAGUUUGUAAGAAAACUUUUGAUAGACCAUCAUUAUUGAAACGGCAUAUUCGAACACAUACUGGUGAAAAACCACACAUUUGUGAAAUAUGUACAAAAGGCUUUUCGACAAGUUCAUCCCUAAAUACUCACAGGCGAAUACAUACUGGUUUAAAGCCUCACGUUUGUAUGUACUGUGGAAAACGAUUUACUGCUAGUUCAAAUUUGUAUUAUCAUCGAAUGACCCAUACAAAGAUAAAACCACAUAAAUGUACCCAGUGCACAAGAUCCUUUCCAACUCCUGGUGAUUUACGUUCACAUAUGUAUGUACACAGUGGAUCAUGGCCAUUUCGAUGUCAUAUCUGUUCACGAGGCUUUAGUAAACAAACAAAUUUAAAAAAUCAUGUGGCUAUGCACAAUAAUGGAAAUCGACAGUUUAAUUGUACAAUAUGUAAAAGAAAAUUUGCUGUACAAUGUAAUUUAAAAACGCAUAUAAAAAUACACCAUGAUACUGCAUCUCAACCAGUAAAUAAACCAUUGGAUUUUUCUUCGAAUUAUUCAACGAUUACAAAUAUACUACCAGAAUUAUAUAAAAAUUGGUUAUUAAGCGAUUUUCAUCAUACACCUUUAAAAAUUUCCGAUACGAAAUAA